AUGGCAUCGGCGGGGCUGUUGAUGGCGACGGUGUUUUUUGACUUGUCGAAGGUGCCGAAGAAGAAUGGUCUUUUAUCAAGCGAAAAGCGACAAUCGUUCCUUCAAUCGAUUCGACCUGGUGACGUCUUGACUUUGUCCUUUACAGCGGCGGUACUUGCUCAGGGCAUGGUUUUGGUGGUUAUUCAGUCCAUGCAAAUGUCUCCUUUGAUCUCUAUGAAUUGUGGUACAAUUGGACAGAUAGUGUUCCCAGCAUUGUGGGUAGUAGGACUCGUGAUACUCGUCUUCGGCAUCGAAACGUUAUAUCGGGGCUUUCAGAGGAACGGAUUUGCGCCACGCAAGAAAAUGGUAGUCUAUAUCUGCUGGGUGGUGAUAAUCCUGUUGACCGGAUUGACAUAUAUUCCAACUCACCUUCGACGAUCCACGCUCAGUGAAUGUUCCUUGGGAUUACUUUCGAUCGUGAAGCCGUGGAGUGAUAUUGCACUUGGAAUUACAAUUGCUUUGAUUGUGUUUUAUACGCUGAUUGCGUCGAUACUGGUGACUCAAUUGUUUCGUGCAACGGGUGUGGAUACAAUGGAACGAGUUGCUGCAACGCAGAUGGUUUAUUAUCUGAUCAUAGCCACUGCGGUUUUUACCUUCUUUUUACCUUUCUGGGCAAGAAUCACCCUUGGCAUACCUCAAGGCAUUACGCCAAUGAUGGCAAUAGUGUCGAUCAAUGUGAUUGGCAUCGUUGUAUCAUUCUUCCAACUGUUGUUCCGGUCAUAUACCGAAUGCAUGACCAUUCGAUACUCAGAAUCGUCUCGGGAUUAUCGGUGGAAGAAUGGACUCAAGAGAAAGAUCUCAUCUCCAAUCGCAAUUCCUCAGGAAGAAUACCAUCUCUUCAACGAUGGCAUGAAUGCUCAAAAGAGGCAUUUCAACCGGAUGGAUACUGAUAAAUCAUUACCACCGACACCGACGCCUACCAUCAAACCGAAGCCCAACACCAAUAAUUAUAUCAACAGAAAACCCUCGUAUUCGAUAUUUCCAACGGAAGCCAGCGCUCGCAAGCCCAAAUACCCAGCUUCAAGCCUCUAUGAAGAUGAAAUACUCCUCGUCCCACCGCGUCCUGCCUUUGCAGCUCAUAACCGCAAUUCAUCCGACGUCAGCCAUGCAACGGUUCAAAUCGGAUUUCGUCUAAGCAAUCUCGAUCCUCCUCCUCCUCCAUCAAGGAUGGGGAAUGGUGAGCCAUCAUCAGCAACGAUAGCUUCAAGAACCUAUUCGCGCUUCCUCGCUCCUCCACCGUUUUCAAUCUCAAACCCAAACGCAAACAGCCACAUCUCGGCAACAUCUCUCAACGUCCCCAUCACACUCCGUUCGCCAGUCACAGAACGUCCCAACGUGAAUUUCCCUUCUCCUGCAGUAGUAGCAGCAGCAGGAGCAGCAGCAUCUUUCUCAAGGCCGAGAUCAAGCACGCUCCCCAUCCCGUCUCGAUCCGUCACCAGCCUCGGCGCAAGAUCGCCAGGUGUUUAUCAGAAACUAGACGAUCUCCAAAAACUGCUAGAAGUAGAUCUACAAGCUGCACAGAAAGCCGCUGCUGACAGUGAGGCCUGGCCGCUGAGAGAUUCGCUGCCGGGGUUGUUGCCCCAGUCGACGUAUCAUCCUGAUUGA